AUGGUUAAAGUUGGAGUGGGAAUUGAUGCAUGGGAUGCAGUAAAGAAUUCUGCAGUUGGUGUAUUUCCUUGGUUUUAUGAGCUCAAAUUCAUAUGGUGUGCUAAGCUUGUCCAUCACCUAUUAACGCAUCAGCUGCGAGUUAAGAAGAAUUAUGAGUUGUGGUCGUUGAUUGACUGUCUUCCCAUCCGUCUCUCUUUGAUAGAAUUUGGAAUGAUCAGUGGGAUGAACUGUGAUCUUUUUCAAAAUGAGGAGAAUUUUGAUGUUGAUCAUAGAGAGUUUUGGACAGAGAUGGGGGUUUCCACAGCUGUUGGUCCCAAUUUGGUUGAGUUGCGGUGUGUUUUGGAAAGAUGCAAAGAUUGGAGUGUUGAGAAGAGGACAAUGGUUGGAUUGCUUUGUGUUCUUCAUCUUGCCGUCUAUGGAAUAGCUCCCACCCGUCGACUUCCAUUGCAGUGUGCGAAGAGAGUUCUUGAUUUUGCAGCUUUCCAGAGAUAUCCGUGGGGUCGUGCAGCUUGUCAGACUUUGGUACAUUCCGUAAAGUGUGCCGACUACACCGCAAAAGAAUCUUAUACCAUUGAAGGGUUCAUUUUUAUCUUGCAAAUAUGGGCAUAUGAGUCGGUUACUGGCAUAGGAGAGCUUUACGUGAACAAAAUUGUUGGUGAAAAUGUGCCUCUUCUUUCAUGGAGUGGCUCCCGACGCUUCAAGUUUGAGGACUUCAUUAGAGAAGAGAAAAAACAUCAUGAAGCUAAGCCAGACGGACUGUUUACGCCAAAGUGGAGUGAUGAAAUGGAUGAUCCUGAUGUAAACGAAUACAUCACUCAUGAUUGUGUAAUUAAUAGAUUUUGGGAUGUAACUGAAGAACCGCCAGCUACCACCAAUAUAAAGCGCCCUGCAACAAGUGUUGAGAGUUGUAAAAAGAGAAAGGGUAAUGAUACAAAUACUGUUGAGGUUGAGGAAGAGAGUAAUGGUUCAAAGAAGGAAGACAUUCAUGUGAGCCGGCUUUACACUUUGUUGGAGACAUUGUCAGGAAAAGUUGAUAAAAUGGAUACAUUGAUCGAAGCUAAGGUUUGUGCUAUUAUUGCUCCUAUGAACGAGAAGCUGGCAACAAUGGAGAAGGAGCUUCAAAAGAUGAAAGAAAAAGAUUGUGCUAAUGAUAGAAAAGAAUAUGCAAAUUCCAUUGCUAAUGAAAAUGCUGAAGUGAAUAGCAAGGAAAUGUCUUGGAUGGUAGAGGUUAAUUCCACAUCGCAUGAUGGAUUACCCACUCAACGUGUUGUCAAGAAACCGAGGAAUGCAAGCAAAAAAAGUGGCAACGUGCGCAUCAUCACAAGUGUAACACCGUCCGUCUCGGCAUAUGAUCCGUUUUCUGCUGUUGAUGAUGAGAAAAUGAGGAAGUUACUGCAUUUCCUACUGGAUAAAGAGAAUGAUUUGGACAAAAGCUUCACUUCUAGUACUGAAUUCUAUAGAGUGAUUAUAACUCCAAGAAAUCAGUGGUCUUCUCAUAAUUAUGGCUGGUUGACUAACAUGCAUAUGUGGUCUGCCAUGAAGAUGUUCUAUAUGAGAUCACUUUCUGAUCAUUCACUAUACCAUUCUCAGCGCCUUGCAUUUUUGGAUCAGUGGGUCGUCAUCAAAAUUGUUGAAGAUUUCAAACAGUUCAACCCAAAAACCUGGAAAGUGACAGAUACAUAUAAGCGAAUCUUCAACGGUACGCAUCCAGCUGAUCGAGUCACGAACAAAAAGUGGUUUCACGAUAUUGACCAUCUCUACGCAUGUCAUUUUGUACACAACACUCACUGGGUUGCUUUGGACAUAGACUUGAAGAACAUGACAGUCACUGUUUAUGACAGCAUUCUGACUGUGUUAGAUGAUAACGAAAUACGGAACAGCUGUAGGCCGUUUGCGAAGAUGAUUCCAGCAAUCCUGAAUGCUAUGGUCCCUACUACUGUUUGGACGAAGAGUGGUAGACAGUUCACUUUCAUUGAGUGUUUGGCGCUUGGUUGUACAUUUGAAGGGUUAAGUGAUGAGAUCAUUCAAGACGUUCGACGGAAGCUUGCUGCUGAGAUUUAUGAUGCCGUUGGAGAACCUCAGAUUACUGAUUGUUAG